UUUAUCAAAAAGGGAAAUGAAUGUUAUCUUUUUUUCUUCUAUAAAUGCAGAUAAGUAAGAGAAAAGAUCGGGUUUAUCUUUUUAAAAUUGGGAUUUUUGUGUGUAGUAUUUGAGAGGACCCAUGGCUGCACCACGAGCUCGGGCUGAUUACGAUUAUCUCAUUAAGCUUCUUUUGAUUGGCGAUAGUGGAGUGGGGAAGAGUUGUCUGCUUUUACGUUUUUCUAAUGGUUCCUUUACUACUAGUUUCAUAACAACCAUCGGCAUUGAUUUUAAAAUAAGAACCAUCGAGCUUGAUGGUAAGAGAGUCAAAUUGCAAAUCUGGGAUACAGCGGGUCAAGAGCGAUUUCGAACUAUUACAACAGCUUACUACCGUGGAGCUAUGGGAAUUUUGCUGGUUUAUGAUGUUAUUGACGAGUCAUCUUUCAACAAUAUCAGGAAUUGGAUUCGCAAUAUUGAACAACUUGCUUCAGACAAUGUCAACAAGGUACUGGUCGGAAACAAAGCUGUCAUGGAUGAGAGCAAAAGGGCUGUGCCAACCUCCAAGGGUCAAGCUCUUGCUGAUGAGUAUGGUAUCAAGUUCUUUGAAACUAGUGCAAAGACAAAUUUGAAUGUGGAGGAGGUUUUCUUUUCAAUAGCCACCGACAUUAAGCAAAGGCUUACAGAAUCUGAUAAUAAGGCUGAGCCAGCUGCACUCAAUAUCAAUAAGGAUGAUUCUGGAGCAACCAGUGGACAAGUUGCCCAAAAGUCAAAUUGCUGCGGAUAGUAAUGGUAUUUCAAGAGGUAUGCAGAUUCAAAAUGGAAGUUUCAGCUUCACAAUCGCUCUAAUGUAAAACUAAUUGGAACGACAUCAUGUAGGUUUCAUGUAUUUAUCUCUUUUUUUAUUAUUUCCGGCUACUGGAUUAGCUCGUUAAAGGCUGUUUUUUUCUCUCUUUUUUCCAUUUAACAUGUGGAAUUUUAUAAGCAUAUGACAUUAAACUUCUUGAACUCAAAUGACCCUUGUUAUGUACCUGUCUUGUGUAGAUAGAUAACUUAAAUCCAUGUUUCGGUACAAAGGAGGUUAUAAUAGUGGGAAAGAUUUGAAAUGUCGGGAUUCAAACCCAGAACCUUCUGAAUAAUAAGGGCAGCCAUAAUCAAGUUAA